AUGACAUGGCUGCGCCCACCGCGAGCCCUUGGUCAGCCGACCAUCCUGACCGCGCGCAUCGCUCGCGUCCGCCGCGGCCCUUGCUCGCCUCACUGCCCACGCCCGCGGUGCGCCACCGCCUCCCCUGCUCCGGCCACUUCGGCCAUGGCCUCACUCACCGGCGAACGCACGCGCGCCGACUGCCCUAGCCGUGCCCGCGCCCCCUACGUGUGCAUGCGCCCCACCUCGCUCGGACGCGCUGCUCGGCUCCCUCCGUGUGUGCUCCGCCGUGCUCCCCUGCUGUCGCCCGAGCUCCGCGCCGCCGUGUGCGCGCCACGCAGCCACCGCUCGCUGCAGCCAUCCGUCGCCGUCGCGACGACCGCCCCGCUCUGCUCCUUCUACCCCGCGUCCCCACGCUCGCCCGCGCACACAGCCGCACGCCCGCGGCCACGCCCACUGCUACUGCUGCUGCUCUGCCGCCGCCGCUACUCUGCCCUCUCUAUCGCGGCGCUGGCCGCCUCCCCGCGUCCCGCUCCGGCCGGCGCCCAUGGCCCCGUGCCUCGCCGCGCCUCGCAUCCGCCCUCUCCUUCUCCCGCGGCCCCGCCACCGCGCCCGCCCGCGCGCCACUGGCCGCGCCGGCUUGCCCCGCCGUCGAUGCUCCGGCGGCCUCGUCCCACCCUGCGGGCGAGUGCCCGCUCGGGUGCGCCCGCACCCGAUAGCCCAACCCGCUAUGCCCCUCUGGGCCACACACACAUGGGGCCCCACCCCACAGAAUGUUAA